UUUCCCGCAGGGAUCCUCAACUUCUGCGCCAAUAACUACCUGGGGCUCUCUAGCCACCCUGAGGUGAUCCGUGCUGCUGUGGAGACCCUCGAGAAGUUCGGUGCUGGGCUCAGCUCUGUCCGCUUCAUCUGUGGUACUCAGAGCAUACACAAGGACCUGGAGGAGAAGAUUGCGCGUUUCCACCAGCGGGAAGACGCCAUUCUCUAUGCCAGCUGCUUUGAUGCCAACGCCGGUAUCUUUGAGGCCCUGCUGACCCCAGAGGAUGCGGUGCUGUCAGAUGAGCUGAACCAUGCCUCCAUCAUCGACGGGAUCCGCCUGUGCAAGGCUAACAAAUACCGCUACAAGCACAUGGACAUGCAGGACCUGGAGGCCAAGCUGCAGGAUGCGCAGAAACAUCGUCUGCGGCUGGUGGCCACCGAUGGUGCCUUCUCCAUGGACGGUGACAUCGCACCCCUGAGGGAGAUCUGCCAGCUGGCCCAGAAGUAUGAUGCUCUGGUCUUCAUCGAUGAAUGCCAUGCCACAGGCUUCCUGGGACCCAAUGGCCGGGGUACUGAUGAGCUGCUGGGAGUAAUGGACAAAGUCACCAUCAUCAACUCCACACUUGGAAAAGCUCUUGGAGGAGCCGCAGGCGGGUACACAACUGGCCCCAAACCCCUCAUCGAUUUGCUCCGCCAGCGUUCCCGCCCGUACCUCUUCUCCAACAGCCUUCCCCCUGCCGUGGUGGGCUGUGCUUCCAAGGCCCUGGACCUGCUCAUGGACAGCAAUGCCAUUGCACAGUCCAUGGCUGCCAAGACCCAACGGUUCAGAAGCAAGAUGACAGCAGCUGGCUUCACCAUCUCGGGGAAAGACCACCCCAUCUGUCCUGUCAUGCUUGGGGAUGCUCGGCUGGCCGCAGUGAUGGCUGAGGACAUGCUAAACAGAGGCAUUUAUGUCAUUGGCUUCAGUUACCCCGUGGUCCCCAAGGGAAAGGCUCGUAUCCGGGUCCAGAUCUCAGCUGUGCACAGUGACGAGGACAUUGACCGCUGUGUGGAAGCCUUCACCGAGGUUGGACGGAAACAUGGAGCGCUGCCUUAAGGGGCCAGCGAAGACCUCCACUGGCACACUCCCUGCCCAUGACCAAGUGCCUGUGCCAGGGGAACAGGCUUGAGCCACACGCUGCCGAAAGCAGGAUGAGUCCUCAAGGUGUUGCAGGCUGCGGGAGGCUGUGGCUGUUGCAGCGUGCUGGCAGCAGCACUGGUAACCAGCUCUUGUAUCAUUAAAGGUGUCCUGCAGUGCA